AUGUCAAUAAUAACAUUGAAAAAAAUUGGUAUUUAUUUUCUUCCGUGGCUAUUCUCAAUCGUUGUAAAUUAUUCAACAGCUACAGUUUUAAACAGAUUUUAUCACUUUGACAAUGAUGGUACGGUCGACGAUGAAGGUACUUCACAAUGGUUCUUCGCCAAACCAGCUUUUAUAAUUUCCAAGAAGCAAAUGAGUGAACGAAUUGUUAAUUCGUUAUUAAGAAAUGCAUGGAUUGGUUAA